UCAAUGACGUCCAUCCAAUCGAUACGCAACAGAAACGGAAAAUCUUCAGUGUGGAAGGAGCUAAAGUAGCUAUAAGCUAAUGGUCGGACCUAAGUAACGUCUCAUAUCUAACGUCUACGUUCCGGAGCUAGAGUUAUUUAACAGGUCUGCAUCAUGGGUGAACCACAACAGGUUAGUGCCCUGCCUCCACCACCGAUGCAGUACAUCAAAGAGUACAGUGAUGAAAAUAUCCGCAAAGGUCUGGCCCCUAAGCCACCCCCGCCCAUCAGAGAUAGUUAUAUGAUGUUUGGAAACCAUUUCCAGUGUGAUGACCUUAUUAUUCGGCCUCUGGAAAGCCAAGGUAUUGAGAGGCUUCACCCCAUGCAGUUUGACCACAAACGGGAGCUAAAGAAACUGAACAUGUCUAUUCUUGUGAACUUUUUGGACCUUCUGGACAUCCUUAUCAAGAGCCCUGGUAGUAUAAAGCGUGAAGAAAAGCUGGAGGACAUAAAGCUUUUGUUUGUCCAUAUGCACCAUCUGAUUAAUGAGUACAGGCCGCACCAAGCCAGGGAGACACUGAGGGUGAUGAUGGAGGUCCAGAAGAGACAGAGGCUAGAGACAGCAGAGAGGUUCCAGAAACACCUGGAGAGGGUAGUGGAGAUGAUCCAGGGGUGCCUUGCCUCCCUGCCUGAUGACUUGCCUCAGGUGGAAGGUCCAGAUGGUGCAUGUGAUGGGACAAAGAUCACGCUUGCUACAUCUAAUGUUGGGUGUUCCUCUGGGCAGGCCCCCAGGCUGAAAACAGAACCUAUGGAUAUUGAUGAAGCAAGUGCCAGCUGCAUGGCAGUGAGUCAGCAAGAGAAGAACAUCCCUACUUCAAGGAGUGACAAAUGGGACAAAGAUGCUGCAAUGUGCAGCAUUAUUGAUGAACUUGCCUAGUUUUUUAUUAAUGUUAUUUCUUUGGUGUUUUUUUUUUUUUUU